AGACUAGCCCUGCAUUUUAGAGCUGACAACUUGUUUGUACAUCUGCUAAUAAUAAAAAGCGUUGGAGGCUGAUUACAUACCUUGGCUGCCUCCCUUUUUAUGGAUUCACAAACUGUGAAGUAAUGGAGGUUAAUAAACACACUAUCCUGUUUGGGUGAGAAUUGAGCUCCCUUUUUGUAAUGCAAAGUUCUUAAUCGUUACAGGAGACAAUCUUUUUUACAUUUGACUUGUAAAGGGCUACUACCUCUCCCCACAAAAUGUCCCAACAAUAGAUCAUACUCCCCUUGAGGGUCCCAGUAACUCCCUCCCCUGCCCUGAUUCUGCAUUCACCUAUGGGGCAGAUAUACUGGCAGCAGUUAAGAUAGAGGCAUGUGUCAGACAGACAGUCUCCAACUCCCAAACCAGUGAAUGACUGUGAAGUCUACACAAUUCUCUCCGUAACUAGUCCUCUCCAGUGCUGGGUUGUGCCUGGUAUUGCUUGUGGCAAGACUGCUGUGCUUGCCCUGGAACUGGGCAAGUGAGAGACAGAACUUAAGUGAUGCCUAAUGAUGGGAAAGAGAUGGACAUCCUGAAUGUCAUAGACCAGCUAUCCAGGAACUACACCUUCAGAGAACAGGGGGUUGGCAAUGAAUCACUGUCUGACUUCUGGUCCAACACAGGCAAGACUCAGCUCUUGGGUGUUUUGCUGGCAAUCACUGGAAAUUUUCUGAUUAGUAUCUCUUUGAAUAUCCAGAAAUAUGCUCAUCUCCGACUGGCAUGCCAAGCAAAUCAAAAGCCCUAUUACACAAGCAAGCUGUGGUGGUGUGGAAUUAUCCUCAUGGGGCUUGGAGAGCUGGGGAACGCUGCAGCUUAUGGAUUUGCUCCAGCCACCCUUAUAGCUCCAUUAGGAUGUGUAUCCGUCAUAGGUAGCGCGUUUAUAUCUGUCUUAUUCCUAAAAGAAACCAUGAGGGCUGCUGAUAUGUUAGGUGGAACCCUGACAAUUGCAGGAACAUAUUUGUUGGUGACAUUCGCUCCAAAUGUAACCCAGGAGCUCACGGCAACUAAAAUACAGAAUUAUUUAAUUAGCUGGCAGUUUCUGAUCUAUGUGAUCUUAGAAAUAAUAAUAUUCUGCAUUCUUCUGUAUUUCUACAAAAGAAAGGAUGUGACGCACAUUGUGGUUUUGUUAAUGAUGGUAGCACUACUAGCAUCAUUGACUAUCAUUUCAGUAAAGGCUGUGGCAGGCAUGAUAACAUUCUCUGCAAAGGGCAAAAUGCAGCUAACAUACCCCAUUUUCUAUAUCAUGUUCAUUAUUAUGGUGACAUCUUGUGUUUUCCAAGUCAAGUUCUUAAACCAAGCUAUGCAGCUCUACAAUGCAACAGUCGUUGUGCCAAUUAACUUUGUGUUCUUCACCACCAGCGCCAUCAUUGCAGGGGUCGUAUUUUAUCAGGAAUUCCAAGGUGCAGCUUUGCUGAGUGUGUUCAUGUUUCUAUUUGGGUGUCUUCUGUCAUUUCUUGGCGUGUUUGUAAUCACACAAAAUCGAGAAGAGGAGCAUUUGCAAGUUCCUUAUAUUGAUUGUGGACACAUUCCUGGAAAAAACAAGAUUGACAAAAUACAGCCAGAUUCAAACAGCUUAUCCUACGGCACUUUGCAUGAUGAAGAUGACUGGACGAGCGCUCAGAGCUAAGAGCAGCUUCAAUUCCAGUUAACAAGAGGAACUCUCUAUUCAUUGACAUCAUAUUCAUCACCCCAUGUUGAUUGCAUAUGUUCAGUGUGUGUGUCAUGUUAUUUUAUGUUGAGAACCCUUUGUGUUAUUUAAGUAUCCUUAAGUAUCCCCUUCCUAUCACAAAUGUGUUACAAUGAGCAAGGAGGGCUAUAAAGCUAGUAACCAUUAAAUAGAGCUGGACAUUUUCCUGGUAAAAUACCUCUUAUUGGUGGUGUAGGGUCAGGUUUUUAAAGGUAUUUAGAUGCCUAAAGAUGCAACUAGCCACAUAGUGGGAUUUUCAAAAGCACCCACUUCACCUGCCUGCAUUUAUAGGUGCUUAAUUCCUUUAAAAAUCGGUCAUCAAAAUAUAGUGUGUUUCUAUGUAAACAUCCGUUGGGAGAAAUCCUGCUUGCCUUAUUCAUAUAGCUAGUCCCGUUACCUUCAAAGGAACUACACAUGUGAGUAAGGUGAGUGGGAUUUGUUCCAAUACAUAUAUAUGGAUCCAUACACAUGGUAUGUAAUUUAUGUUGAGAUACGGUAAAAGGCUUGGUAUUAUAAAUUCCUCCAAAGGAGUCCUCUGGGAGGGGAGCUUGUCUCUGUCCUGCUGGAUUGGAGCAGCAAGCAGCUAUUUCAAUGCAAUCCGUUCUGAGCCUUACCCCCUGUGUCUUCAUUAGAAAAUAUAUGUUUUUGGUGGGGAUUUUGAAGAGGUUACACACUAUUCCAAUAGAGAAAUGGGAAGCCAACCUUCCACUGCUGUUGUAUUUUGAAUAGGCUCGACUGGGGAAAAAGUGAGUUCAAUAUUUGGGGCCCAGUCCACGAAAAUGUUGUGUGGGUAAAAGAAUCAGGAUCACGAAGGAUAAGCCACUGGGCUAAAAUAUAUCUUUUUCCUUCCUACAAAGACUUCCCUGCAUUAAGCUAGAGAGCUAGUACUGGCAGCAGCUGUGGUCAUGCAGACUGAGUUUGGGGCUUUGAGUCAGAAAGUUGUAAUCCUACUGUAGCUGCUGACUCACAGGAGAAAAUUACUUAUGGCCACAGGGAGCUACACAGUCUCCGUUUCUGCUUCUGUCUGAUAAUACUGAUCUACCUCAUGGGCAUGUUGUGAGGAUUAGAUGAGUGCUUUGGGGGGAAAGAAGAAGCACUUUAUAAGUGUUCAGGGUUACUAUUGCAACCUUGUACAAAAACCUUUUGCUCUUUUUAAAGUGCAUGUCAUAUAUCAUAUGCAGCUAGCUUCAAUGGGGUCUGCUGAAUGAUGCCUUUAAAUACAAUAUUUUUCUAAUCAUGCUCCAAUACGUCUGUUAGUCUAUAAGGUGCCACAGGACUCUUUGCUGCUUUUACAGAUCCAGUCUAACACGGCUACUGCCUAUCUAUAUCCCUCAGAUGUCCAACAAGUCUUCCAGCAAAAACAGGAAAGACUAGACUACAUUACUGAUCAAUCUAUGGUAGAAAUGCAGAUUUUUUAACACACCCUGAAGAAUCAAAAGGGCACUAACUAACUUUUACCUGACAAGUGAAAAUGUGUGCUAAAGAUGGAAAUAAGAUGUCUAUAACUUUUAUUGCUAUUAUUUCCUAGAAAUAUUAUUUUUUUAAGUAUGGGCAGCAGAUACCUCUCUGAAAUUUGUUUCCACAAUUUGGGAGGGGUGAAGGAGGAAAUUCUCCCAGGAUUUUCUAGUGACAGUUGGAAAUUGGAUGCAAAAUCUCUGGGUAAAUCCAUUAUUUAUUUUAAAAGUACUGUAAUUCCGUGUGACACGUCACCUCCUUCUGACAGUUUAAUAAAAAAUAAAAUGCUGUUUUGUAGAUGGGGAGGGGUAACUUUCAGUGUAAAAUUAAGUGUAAUUGAAAUUGAUAUAUUGAUUAAAAGUUCUAGGAGCCACUGAUAUUUAAUUACACAAUUAACAAUGGUUAUCAGACCUGAUAUAGAGACUUAGGCACACUUCAAUUAAUCUACAUAAAUUCAGUUACACUAUUGUAAUAUAUAGUAAUGGGCAUUCAUUAUUACUGCCCCCCAGAAAUAAACUCGUCAGUUUCACUUUGUUUAGAAUCGGCUUCUAGUCCAUUUCAGAUUGCACUGGUUAUGUUUAGGUUGCAAACACUGUAGGGGAGUGUUUGUUAAAACAUAAACCUUUUCAUUGGACUCUAAAGAAUAACAUAGAAAUGUUUUUCAUUGUAUUAAAUUUUGUAAGAACUUUUUCUUCCUCCAAGAUCAGAAUUUUGGGCCAAAUGUGAUCUUUGAAACCUGUUCUGCAAGUUGAAUCUGCCUAGAGCCUGAAUAGGUACAAUAUAAAAUCUACAGAAAUAAAUUGAAGGGUGGCCCAAAGUCAGGCUCUCUGAAUGGUUUCUGCAGCAUCUAGUUUGUAAGUCUGACAAACCAGGGCCAGCUGGAUUGAUUCAAUCCUUGUUAUGCUGCUGAUAGAUACUGGGAGAGGAGAACUUUAACUUGAGUAUGGGACUGGAAACAGGAACUUUUGACAUUGAUUCUGCAUGGGACUUUUGCAAAUGACUUAACCUCUCUCUCUCUCUCUCUCUCUCAAAAGUGCAAGAUCCACAUUGGU